GCGUGAAGGUAGCACGACACCCACAGGUGGCCUCCUCUCAUAGUCAGGGCGCUAAUCACGCUGCGACGCUGCGCUUUGGGGUUUCGCUGGGAAGCGCGUUAGCUAGCAGAGCUAACUAGUUUUCAGUUCACGUAGUUCAAUGAAAAAAGAGGCGUAGCAUUUGAGCUAAUAUUUUAGCGUAUUAGCUAGCCUGUUACAUCAUGGCGGCUGUUCGCAGUUUGCGGGUUUCUGUGAAACAUGAAAGCGCGUCGGACCGGUCGGAUUCCGACUCGGACUCUGACUCGGACCGGAAUGUUCGUGAAGCCGAGCCCAUGGAAGUUGAGGAGGGAGAACUCCAGCUGGAAUCAAUUCCUGUUCGCCGAAGUUUAAAGGAAUUGUUGCCGGACACGAGCCGGCGAUAUGAAAACAAGGCGGGCGCUUUUAUUACCGGAAUCGAUGUAACAUCCAAGGAAGCAAUUGAGAAAAAGGAAAAGAGAGCGAGGCGAUUCCACUUCCGUGCAGAGGACGAUGUGGCUCAGAGAAACGUGGUACUGGACAGAGAGCUUAUGAAAAAAGCAAUUCCUAAGAUCCGACUGGAGGCCUUGCACCUGAGUGGUGUGGAUGACAUGAGCACCCAGGAUGUGUUUAGCUACUUUCAAGAGUAUCCUCCAGCACAUAUCGAGUGGAUUGAUGAUGCAUCAUGUAACGUAGUCUGGCUGGAUGACAUAACUUCAUCCCGAGCUCUGAUUAACAUGAGCCGGAUGCCUGACAAAGAAGACUCCGACACUGCUGGCGCCAAAACCACUGACCUUCCAGUCCAAGAAGAGAGAGUGAGGCGAAAUCGUGGCACGGAUGAUGAUGAUGAUGAAGAGGAAGGGGAGGUUGAUGAUGUAGUGGUGAAGGCAGACAAAAGCAGUGAUGGCAGUGAAGGAAAAGCCAGUGACAGUGAGGAGGAAACGGAGAAAAAAACACCGGGAAGUUCCCAGACAGACCAGCUGUCUCAGGCAGAGCACGAGUCUCUGCUCCGGAAUGACCUGCGUCCCACGACCAAACCCUUCAAAGGAAACAAGCUGUUACUGCGUUUCGCUACACACGAUGAUAAAAAGGAGCUGGGUGCUGCGAGGCGAAGUCGAUACUAUAUGAAAUAUGGCAAUCCAAAUUAUGGGGGCAUGAAGGGCAUCCUGAGUAAUUCUUGGAAACGUAGGUAUCAUACCCGGAGAAUCCAGCGCGAUGUUAUAAAGACCAAAAAGUCCUUAAUAGGAGACAGUAUGGGACACACCCCACCGUACACACACCGACAUUCAGCAGAUUUGGUGAAUCUACCAGAGGAGCCCAUAGAAGAGGAAGAGGAGGAGGAGGAGGAGGAGGAUGGAGAGGAAGACAUGGACGCCGAUGACCGAGUCGUUGAAUAUAAAGACCGGGAGCGAGGGGCGCAACUCGGCGAAGGGGGCCUUCGUAGCCGCCUUGGGGGCUCGUUCUCUGGGUCCUCGGAUUCAGAUGAGAUGGACUACGACCUAGAGCUGAAGAUGAUCUCAACACCUUCACCUAAAAAGAGCAUGAAGAUGACCAUGUACGCAGACGAGGUUGAGAAUAACCUUAAGACCAUCAGAAAUUCCAUUCGGAGUGAUUCAGGCUCAUCUAGCAGCGGUAUACGGAGUCGCAUUGGUAGUGGUGUGACCAAACCUACCUCAGAAAAAGUGAUGGAUGUCAGGCAGUUACUGGAGGAGAAAAGACAGGGCCUUUCACAACAGAGGACACACUCUCCAGUGGCCUCCACUGGAAAGACAGAUGUGAGACAGAGGUUGGGCAAAAGGCCGCACACUCCAGAAAGGCACCGAUCUGUCUCUCCUGUCCCUCCGAGAAACGCAGCCACUCGUAGAGAGCCUCUCACUGAUGUUCACAGCAGACUCGGGACGACUAAACAUGAAUCACGGGGCCUCUUCUCAGAGCCCACCAAAGACAAAAAGUCAGGUGGUCUGUGGAGCCGGCUCGGACCCUCAAAUAAAGACAGCCAAAGCGACGGCAAGCUUUCUGGUAGGCUAGGGAGCAGUGUGGCAUCCUCACGUGGGAGCCGGCAGAGGGAUGAAGCGGACUCUGACGGAGGCGAUGAAUCCGAGGAAGAAGAUGAAGAUUCACAGCUGCAGAAGAUGUGGGGGGCGAUGAUCAAGCAGAAGGAACAGCGGUCCAACAAAAUGAAGAAAAGCCGGUUGGACAACCUUCCGUCACUGCAAAUCGAGAUCAGCCGAGACAGCAGCAACGGCUCUGACAGUGACUCUUGAGAUGGAAUGAGAGACUGAAACUAGAGGGAUAAGGUGGAAAAGAGAGGAAAUAAAAUGCUGCUGACUUGUUGAAAAGAUACUUUCAAGUAGAUAGCUUCACUCUCUAGUCAUUAGUCCAUACAAGGAUCCUGCCAACAUCCUUUCUUGUUUUCUCUCUUUCUCUAAACGCACCUAACAGACUUGACUCAGAAAGAGUUCCCUGCCAAAAAAAAGUGAAUACUAGAGUUUGUUUUUGUCUAAAAAAGGGUCACAGAUUGGGCCCUUCUUUAAAGGAGCAGUUUGUAAUUUUUAGAGCAAAUUUCACUUGCAAUGGAAACACUGAGAAGCAUACACCUUCCACUGCAUGGCAAUGUUGCAAAUCAGUUUUUUUUUUCUCUUUAUAACUAUAUGAUUUGUACAGGUCUAGAAAAACAUUUAAAAAUUACAAGCUGCACCUUUUAAAUGUUUGGGAUUGGCUGUGGUAUGUACAAGACCCAUGUACUGUAUGUUUUAUGGUGAUGCACCAGGUAAAGAAUAAUGUUGCAUCUAAAACAAGCAAAACACUGCAGUGUCUCUAGUAAGUAGUUUUAUGAAUAUAUUUGUCAGUAUCAGCAGGUAGUGUUGCCAUCUGACAGCUCCAGAGUCCCUAGUUCAAUCCUGAGUGUGGGUUACUGUUGGGAUGGAGUUUUAUAUGUUCUUCCCCAGGUUUUCCUUUCCCUUCCCAAAAACAUGCCAGUCAGUGGAUCGACAAUUCUAAAUUGCCCCAGGUGUGAAUGAGCUUGAACAUGGUGUCCUGUGACUGAGUGGAUGUAUUCCUACCCUUGCCCAGUGUUCCUGGGAUAAACUGUAGAUUCGCCACGACCUUGACCAGGAUAAAAUGGUUACUGAAGACACAUGAAUAAAUCUUGAUUUGUGUUAAGAUUACUAAAAUUGAUCUUUGUAAAUGCGUUAGGUUUUUUGUUGUCAGGAAUUGGCUUGGGAUAUACAGAUUUUCACUGGUGCACACCAUUCAGAUCAGGGAUGGGUAACUAGUCUGGAGCACCAGAGUCCAGCGAACUUGGUUUUCCUGUUUACACUCGAAGUCAGAGAAACGACCUACUUUGGCUGGACUCUGACCCUCCAGUACCACAGCAUCCAUUUGCAUCCCUGACAGAGGUGCGUGCACUAAGUAAACCCAUGUUGAUUGGUGCUGUGUUGCAAAUUCGGGACUGAAGGUGGUUCACCAUAUUGUAGCCAAUGAAUCAUUUUUCAAAAAAAAAAAGUGGUCUACAUUCCCAUACAGUAUGUGGUCAAUCAGCUCAUCAAGCAGAGAGAAUAUACUGUAUGUGCAAAUAAACAUCUUUUUACAUAA